GUUGCUAAGGGCGGGGCUCACUUCCGGCCGGGCGGGCGACGCCUUCCGGCGGGAAGAUGGCGGCGGCGGCGGGGGGCCCCGCGGCGGCGGCGGCGGACGGGCCCGCGGCGCUGCCGGCGCAGCCGCACGAGCUCAAGAGCCAGUUCCGGACGCGCGAGGGCUCGUACCGGCUCCUGGCGCCGCCGGGCCCCGAGCCGCGGGCCCGCGCCGGCCCCGCCGCCGCCCCGGGGCCUUCGCCGCCCGCCGCCGCGCCGCCCCCCGGCCCCGCCGCCGCUGCCGCCGCCGCCGCCGCCGCCGCCGCCCCGGGCCCCGCCGCCGCGCUGCCGCCCGUGCGGCUCUCCAUGGUGCGGCUGGCGCUGCCCGCCGCCGCCGCCGAGGAGCCGGGCGAGGCCGCCGAGCGGAGCCGCGUCUGCUUCAACCUCGGCCGCGAGCUCUACUUCUACGGGGGCACCGGGCCCGGCGGGCGCGGCAGCCGGCGGUGCCUGGACCUGCACAAGCCCAUCGACAAGCGCAUCUACAAGGGCACCCAGCCCACGUGCCACGACUUCAACCAGUUCACGGCCGCCCGCGACACCAUCGCCCUGCUCGUGGGCUUCUCCGCCGGGCAGGUGCAGUACCUCGACCUCGCCAGGAAGGACGCCGGCAAGCUCUUUAACGAGGAGCGCCUCAUCGACAAGACCAAAGUCACCUUCCUCAAGUGGCUGCCGGAGACGGAGAGCCUCUUCCUGGCGGCGCACGCCAGCGGCCACCUCUACCUGUACGACGCGGAGCAGCCGUGCGGCUCGGCGCCGCCCCAGUACAGCCUGCUCAAGCAGGGCGAGGGCUUCCGCGUCUUCGCCUGCAAGGGCAAGGCCGCCCGCAACCCCCUGGCCAAGUGGGCGGUGGGCGCCGGCGCCCUCAACGAGUUCGCCUUCUCGCCCGACGGCCGCCACCUGGCCUGCGUCAGCCAGGACGGCUGCCUGCGCGUCUUCCACUUCGACGCCAUGCUGCUGCAGGGCAUGAUGAGGAGCUACUUCGGCGGGCUGCUCUGCGUCUGCUGGAGCCCCGACGGGCGCUACGUGGUGACGGGCGGCGAGGACGACCUGGUGACGGUGUGGUCCUUCGCCGAGGGCCGCGUGGUGGCCCGGGGCCACGGCCACAAGUCGUGGGUCAACGCCGUGGCCUUCGACCCCUUCACGGGCGGCGCCGAGGAGGAGGAGGAGGAGGCGGCGGCGGAGCUCAGCGGCAGCGAGGACGAGGCGGCGGCCGAGGCGCCCGCCCGCCUGCGGGCCGGCAGCACCCUCUCGCGCCUCUCCAAGCGCGGCGGCCCCUCCGUCACCUACCGCUUCGGCUCCGCCGGCCAGGACACCCAGUUCUGCCUGUGGGACCUCACCGAGGACGUCCUCUACCCGCGGCCGCCCCUCUCGCGCGCCCGCACCCUCACCGGCCCCCUCGGCGGCGGGGCGGCGGCGGGCGACGGGCCCGGCCUGCCCCGCUCGCUGUCGCGCUCCAACAGCCUGCCGCACCCGGCGGUGACGGGCGCCGCCAAGACCCCCGCCGCGCCCGACCCCGCCGUCCCCCCCAAAUUCGCCACGCUGACGCUGCAGGAGCGCAAGGAGCGCGCCGGCGACAAGGAGCACAAGCGCUACCACAGCCUGGGCAACAUCAGCAAGAGCGGCGAGAAGGCCGCCGCCGCCGCGGCCACCGCCGCCGGUGUCCCCAAGGGCCAGCUGGACGCGGCCAAGGUGCUGGGCACCGCCCUGUGCCCCCGCCUGCACGAGGUGCCGCUGCUGGAGCCGCUGGUGUGCAAGAAGAUCGCCCACGAGCGCCUCACCGUCCUCCUCUUCCUCGAGGACUGCAUCAUCACCGCCUGCCAGGAGGGGCUCAUCUGCACCUGGGCCAGGCCUGGCAAAGGCAGCCUGGCCUCGCAGAACGGCGGCUCGCCCAGCGGCACCGUGGUAUAGCCGGCGCGACGCCCUCCGCCCGGGGACCGUCCCCCCCCCGUGUCCCCCCCCGGUGCCACCGCCGCGGGCGGCCCCUCCCCAUGGACCUCAGCGGCGGGGGGAGGGGGUCCCGUCCCCCCCCUUCCCUCGCCCUCUCGAUACUACUGAUGCGCCCGGGGGGGCCGCUGGCACCCGCUGUGUCCCCCCCCCCCGGUGACCGAGCAGUGUUAACGGUGGCGGCACCCCCCCCCCCCUCGCUGCACGGGGGGGCCGGGGCGCCCUGUGCCUUCGUCACUUUACUGUCCCCGCCGCCGCCGCCGCGGGGUAAGUUAUGGAACCGACUUAUUUAUACUAAAAAAGACCAUUUUUCGCA